AUGAACGCAGACUGCUUCAGAUCGCCUGGACACGAAUCGCCCUUCCUACCGUUGGCGGUACCGGAAAUCGUCUGGUUGCCGUUAGCUGUCGUCGGAAAUCGCCUGGUUGCCGUUAGCACUCGUCGGAAAUCGCCUCAGAUAGAGCUCUCACUUCUCACUAGAUGCAAAGUGAAUUCGCCACCGGAGUCAUCCCUAUUUAUAGGGGGGAAGUUUGACAACGGUACUCCUCGAAAACCAAACGGCGCAUUAAUGCGCCGCGCACCAUCAUUACUUUCGCCACAUGUCGCUCAUCCUAUGGGGAGCAGACGGCACGCGAGGCGAGGAAGUCGAAGCGCUCAGAUGUCCCUUCACCCGUCAGCUCGACGCGACCUUCUGACUUCGCCAACGUCGGCCUCUGAACUGAGGAUGCCGGAAGGAACAAAGGUUGGCCCCUUCCCCAGGCGGGGUUACCGAACGCCAAUGAAUAUCGAACACGUGGCUAAACCAGGGCCAGGUGUGCCUUCGGCACCCCUCUUCAGUAACAAACCUACCGAUCGAAACAAUAGGGCAACCUCAUCGUCUCUGACACGUGGCAGCCUCACAACUGAUGCCCAGAGUCCCACAUCGAAACUCUAA